AGUAAAAAUAUUAUUUUUAAAAUUAGUCGGUAAAUUAGCGGGAAAUUCAAAAGUUUUUUUUUACCGCUACCAGAUGACGUUGGUUAAUUAUUUUGGAUUGUGACAUUCCGAGGAAAAAAAUACAUUUAUCCGGUGUUUACAUUUAAUUGCACCUCAGCUCAGUCGCUCUAAGAUGGACGGUGGUGGAGCGUACGGUGGUGGAAAAGCUGGUGCACCCUUCGACCCAAUUGCAUUUGCACAGAGGCCUCAGGUUAUCAUAAAAGCAGUAUGUCUGCUUUUCUCGAUAAUCGUCUUCGGGACUAUCAGCAGCAAAGGCUACAGAGAUGAUGGGACUGGAAAAGAAUACUGCCUUUAUAAUAAAGAUGCGAAUGCUUGUCAGUACGGAGUUGGUAUCGGUGUGAUCGCAUUUUUAGCAUGUAUUGGUUUCCUUGCUGGUGAAUAUUUGUUUGAACAAAUGUCUUCUGUCAAAACUAGAAAACAUUACGUACUUGGAGAUCUUGGAUUUUCCGCAGCCUGGGCAUUUUUAAAUUUCGUUGGUUUCUGCUACCUGACGAACGCAUGGAAUAAAUCAGAAGCCCCAGCAGACGGCUACGGAGUUAAUAAUGUACAAGGAGCCAUUGCAUUUUCAUUUUUCUCAAUAUUUUCAUGGGCAGGAAGUGCUUGGUUUGCAUUCCAACGAUUCAAACAGGGAACAGACGCGGCAUUUGCUCCGAGCUACGAAGCGGAUCCUGUCGGGGGCGCCGGGUACACGAGUUAUCCCGACGCGACGGACGCGGCUUACCAGGAGCCCGGGUACCCCCAGCAGCAGCAACAACAGCAGCAGCGAGGUAUGGGCGAGUUCCAAGCACCUGCUUACUAAAGAGACCAUUGAUAGUUAAAAUAAAAAAAAUAAAUAAAUAAAUGAUAAUACUUAAAAAACACAAAGAUAUUAUUUUGAAAAAAAAUAAAUAAUAAAAUAAAAAAAUGCACAGAGGCACAGCCGUUCACUUUAUCAUUGAAUGAGACUUGAAUUAUAAAUGCAAUCUUGUUUGCCUCUAAAGUAGUUAAACUUGUACGUAAAAUUAAUUUAAUUAAAUAACGUAGUAAUCAUUUUCCAUAACGAUACUCUUGUAACUAUUUUACAAUACGUAUCUUAGCUGUAGGUUUACUAUUUAUUUAUUUAUUAUUUAUAACUGCGUAGAUUGCUUUUGUAUAUUUACUAUUACAAUUUAAAGAAACAAGUCCUCGAGCUCCAUUUUCAUUUUUUUUAAUUUACCGCGUACUUUUAUUACAAUUACAAUUAAAUUACAAUUAGCAGAGUAACUGUACAUUUUAAAAAAGGUGAGUUAUAAACAGGCCUCUUUGCGAGCAUGUAGAAAAAAUAAAAAAAAGUAUCACUUGUGUUGACAAUUGAUAAAUUUAAAUUUAUGAUUAUUGUGGUGAUGAUAAAGAUUUCACUACAAGUGUGUACGUCUGUAAGAUUUAAACGCGACCGCGUAAUUAGAUAAAAAAUAGAGUAAUAAAUAUAUGGACAUAUAUACAAAUAUAUAUAUUUAAAGAGAAAAUAAAUAAAAAAAAGAUGUAAUGGUGGAUCUUGUAUAGUUUGUUGAGGUACAUAUUUUAUCAUUAAUUAUUAUCGUAUUGUACCGAGUGCUUUAUUUAUUUGGUUUAAAUAUAUUACGUAGUUAUUGCGAGGUUGAGUCAUGUGCAGCUAGAUUUAAUUACUAUUAUUAUUUAAUAUUGUCUUUAAAUUUUCUGGUAUUAAAUGCUGAUUCCAAUGGAAAAUUAAUUCAUUAUGAUUUUCAUUCUUGUUUCAAACGUUUAUUUCCCGGGUAAAAAAAUUUUAUUCAUAAUUAAUUUACAUCUGAAUUUCAUCAUGAAACUCAGAUCGUGACACAAAUAUGACUUUCAUCAUAAAUUUGUAUCAAUAAUUUUAAUCACGACAAAAUUAUUACUGUCAAAUUUUAUCCAAGUGAUCUGAAGUUCAUUCACUAAAUUAAUUUUACAAUCGAAACUGAUGUACGUAGACCCAUUACUUGAUGGAAUAAAUUUAUCGGUUGUUUCUGAAUCGAUAAAUUUGAUAAAAUGUUUAGUAUACUAAAAAUUCAGUCAAGUUUCUAUCGGUCGGAAUUAAUACGAACUUACGAGACGAAAAGUUGGAGCGAAUUCAUGAUGAAAAUCAUAUUUGUGUCACGAUCUGAGUUUCGUGAUGAAAUUCAGAUCUAAAUUCAUUAUAAACAAAAAUUUUUUUUACACGAAUAUAUAUAGGGAACUCAAAUAUAUAUAUGUAGACGUUGAGGUGAUUUAUUAUAAAACAUUUGUUUGAUUGGAGUAAAUAUUAUUAAAUUUAAGAGCCUUCCGAUGUAAUUAAAGUUACCAACGAAUUAUAAUUAUUAUUUAGUUACGGGUUUGAAUUAAUGGUAAAAAUAAUAAUUGAUCUCUUCUGAUACUUGGACUUAAAUCAUAAAUAAUAAUAUUAUGUAUAUGAUAAAUAAAACAUGAAAUAAACAGUGAACAGAACUGAGAAAACAGAAUAAAAUAUUAAGGAAAAUAAACAACCAAAUUUUGAGAAGAGAUCAAUUAGUUUUUAGUAAAUUAUUUUAAUUAUAAAUAAUUAAAAAAAUUAGCUAAUAUAUGCAGACUACGUACAAGUUACAUGGCAAAGCCGUAGUAAGAUAAAUCAGGUUUUAAAUCACUCUGAGUGUUAGAAAAAAACGUUUAAUAUAGACUAUAAAGUUUACUAAAUUAAUUAGUUACUUAAUUAAUAACAGUAAUUAUUAUUAUUAUUAUUAUUAUUAUUAAAAAUCUCAAGAGCGAUAAUUUAUUGAUUAAUUAACUGGUCACGUAUGACUCCCGCCAAAUUUAAAUUUUAUUUUUAUUUUAUAAAUAAAUAAUCCGUUAACUUUACUGGUGUUGCGAUGAAUUUUUUUAAAAAUGGCUAUUAUUUUGUUCAUUAAUUUACUAAGUAAUUAUUUUUUGAAGCUUAAUCUUUAUUGGGAACAACAAUUCUUGACAAUUAAAUAUUCAAUAAAAUUUGUUACCAAUUAAAAGUAAUUAUCGUACCUGGUUAAUUAAUUAUUGCUUUUAAUUUAUGGUUUAAUACUUUACCGAUUUACUGUACUUGUGUUGUAGUACUUAAGUUGUAAAAAAAAACAAAAAACAAAAAAAAAAAAGGUAACUGUUGUUUGUUAAUUGCGCACUUGCAAACAACUUGAGCUGCAUGUGCUGUUGAAAAAUGAUAAAAUAUUAUAAUUAGUAUUGUGUAAAAUCAAGCAAUAGGCGGCACGUGUCAGCUCAAAUUUAUAACGAUUGUAUGAAUGUUAAUCGUAUAAUCGAUAGUAUUAUUAUUAUCAUUGAUAUUAUUAUUAUUAUUGUGGUUAUUACUAUUAUUAAAUUAUAUUAACUUGCGCAUUAUCUGUAGAGCAACAGAAACGAAUGUAAUAAAAAUAUAUAAAGAAUUGAUGAUUUGAAAACCAAUUAAAUGUAAUUCACGAUGAUAUUAAUUUAGCUGUAACAUAAGCGUAAAAAAUAAAUCAACUUAAAUAUAUGUGUAAUAAGUAAAUGGUGAUUAUUAACAAUGUUGCGGCAACAUACUUCUGAAAUUGAACAUUGAUGUUAAUUAUUCUUCAGCUGGUUCAUCGUUUUCUUCCCAAAGACAAACUCGACUUAACAAUUAAAUGUAUAUCUGUACUUAUUUUUUGGUUCGACCAAUAUCUUUGGUAUUAUGAAUAAUAAAUAUAUAUAAAUAUAUAA